AUGGCUGUCGAACAAGCACUGGUAGCCAAGUUUGACGUAGUGUCAUCUUUACUUAAUUUUCCCUUAAUUUCUUGACAAUUUAGAGAUUAUUGAAGGGUUUUUUGUUCAAAAUAACUGUUAAAUGUUGUGUACUAUAUUUAUAUAAACAUCAAAUAUCAGUGACGGUUUAAUUUAUGAUCUUAAUUGAAAGCAUAAAAAAUGGAGCCAAAACUAACAAACACCGCGAGCCUAAAAACAUAUUCUCGCUCAAAAUGUUGGAGAGUUUCUAAUCCAAAGGAUAUUAAAAGUGAACCUUUGACGACAAAAGAAGCUGUGAAGUAUUUGUUGCAAGGGUCAUUGAAGAGAAGGGUCUGUCGGUUUUGCUUAAGUGCGACGACCUCUUUAUCAGAAUUAGAUGAGAUUUUGGAGGUGGCGAAUUCCGGAACAAUAUUUCAAGUGACCAUACGGGAUAUGGUAGUGAGCUUCUACCCAUUUAAGAUAUCGGAUGACCCCAAUUUCCCAAAUAAAAUCUGCGGCAAAUGCCUAGAUAAGACAAUCAAUUGUUACUUAUUUACCCAGCAAUGUGAAAGAACAGAACGGGCAAUACGUAACUGCUUUAUUGAUAUCAGUGAGAAAUUCGAUAAACUAGACCCAAUUGAACGAGUGAAAAAGAGGGGACGACAGAAAUUAAAUCCCAACCACAAUAUAAUUCAUGUUGAACAUAAAAAUGUUAUAAAUUAUGCAGAUCCAAUAAUAAAUAUUGUGAAUGCCGGCUCAUCACUCAUAACCAAUAACAAUGAUGUUCAAAUUAAUGAUUUAGAAUGUCCACGGUGUUGGCAAGUGUUUACCAAUGUAGAAUCUCUUGUUAAUCAUGAGAAAAUACAUCCAAAAUCAAUGUGGUACAAUUGUAAACUCUGCGGAAAUUCUUUCGUAAAACAUUCACAUUACAAAAAGCAUAUGAAACAAUUUCAUGGUAAAGAAAGCUCCAAAAUAAGUACAGACAAGCAACCAUUUCGAUGCAAUGAAUGUGGUACUGUUUGUGAAGAGUUAGAUAAUUAUUUACAACAUAUUGAAAAGCACAAGUUUAAGAAUGUAUUAGAGCAUUUAGUUGAGAAGAAAAUGGAUAGUUUAUGCGGAGUUUGUUUAGACAAAGGAGAUACUAUGACAAGAUUAAACGAAACUUUAUCUUUGCACGGAGGAUAUCCAGAAUUAUCCGGAGAGAUGACUGUGGCUACAGUUUUAACUGCAACAAUACCAGAGAUGAAUACAGUACAUAACUACACUGGGACAAAAAUAUGCGAAAAAUGCUUUAAUCAUGCAUUAACAUCAUAUAUAUUUAUAAGUAAGAUUAGAUAUAUUAGAAAUAGAUUGAAUACAUGUAUUAGUCUUAUGUUAGACAAUUUAAAUAGAAUAGAUAAACCAGAAAACAAUGUUAUGGUAGAAAUAUCAAUGCAAACAAUACUUCCGAUAACAGAAAAGAAAUCUUUAGAUGAUGAAUAUAUGGAUGAUGAUGUCGACGAAUCACAAUUGAAGAUCGAAGUAUUGGAAGAUGAAUUUAGAAUAGAAUCGGAAAGUUCUGAAGAAAGUUUAAAAUCUGAAAAUACUGAUGAUGAAGAAAUUGGAACUGUGUUAUUUGAUGAUUUGAAGAAAAUGCUUUAUCCUGUCAAUAAGGAAAGGAAUGAUAAAAUAGAUGGAAUCAAAAAGGAGGAAACUGAGAAAAUAGUAAAUGGAUAUCAGGAUAAUGAAGUCCUUUCUCCAACAGAUAGUGAUGUAGAAAAAUCAAUAAUAAGCGACUCAGAAAAAUCGCCAGAAAGUGACAUAGAAAUAUCUCCAAAAGCAAAUGACAUAGAAAAAACACUUGAUAAAUCUCCAAGUGACAUAGAAAAAUCAAUAAAUGACGAUUUUUCAAUACUAGAUAACGUAAAACCACCUGUAAAUGACAUUUGCAGUGAAUUCCUAACAUUUAAAAAGAAACCAAAACCUAAAAGAAAGUACCGAAGACCGUAUUUCACGUGUCCUUACUGUAGUAAACAUUUCAUCUCGGAUUAUUUCCUCAAAAAUCAUGUUUUGAAACAUAUAAAUACGAAAAUUAAUUGCAGUGUUUGUUGUAUGCCAGUUAAAUCUAAAUUCCAUCUAUUUGAACAUAUGAAAAUGAUUCAUUUACCUCAUCAAAAGGAAUAUAAUAUUUGCGAUACAUGUGGAAGAAGUUUUACUGACAUCAAAAAGUUUUUAUUACAUAAAAAGACACAUAUGACUAAAGUAUGUCCAUUAUGUGAUAAGUUGUUCAGAUCUCAGAAUACUUUCGAUAGUCAUUUCCAAAGACAUGCUGGCAAAUUCAAUGUACGUAAGAUUUCUAGGUCCCAAACGUGCAGUUUUUGCGAGAAAGAAUUCACAAACGAAAAUGAACUUUCACUGCAUGUUAAUAAAUCCCAUUUGCAAAUUAAACCUUACAGUUGCGAUAUGUGCGAGAAAAAGUUUUAUACCGAGCAAAAUUUGACUAGUCACAAGAAGUUACAUGGCUUCAGAUCUAAAGAGACUUGUGAAUUUUGUAGUAAAAUAUUCAAAUGUAGAAGAGAUUUGGUCGCUCAUGUUAGGAAACAUAUUGGUAUCAAACCUCAUCAUUGUCAAAUAUGUAGAGAAUCUUUUUACUCGGAAACGAGUCAACAAAACCAUAUGAAGGUGGUGCACGGUGGUAAAUAUUGUUGUCGACUCUGCAAGUCAGUGUUUAAUAGGAAAGUGGAUGUUAAAACUCAUGUUAAUGUGGCCCAUAAUGCUAUGUAGCAGUAUGGGGUACUAAAAUAGUAAUUGGUGCUAUAACUGUGGAUGAAGUAAAAAGGUUUUAUGACUAUUGUGGAGUGGUGGAAACAAAGAUAGUGAAGUGGUCAUCAGGUUUGUAUGGAAAUAGGGAUCAUGCUAUUAGUGUUUCAAGGGUAUGGAUGAAGAAUGGACAUAUGUUCAACUUUGAGUAACAUUAAAUCUGUGCGCAGCUCAAUCCAAAGCAUAAUAAAUACAUAUAAUAUAAUUUUAUUUAUUAUAUAAACAUAGAUUUAUAACCUAAAGAUACCUAAUCCAAAGCACAAAAAUGAGGUUAAAAUAUUUAUCCGCACUUUAGGCUUUAACCUUUUGUUAGGAUAGAUUUCCAAGUGUUGUCAUCUACAAAUUUUGAAAAUCGACUCUCAUUUAGACGUUAAUCUUGUAUGACUCAAUCUAUAGGUUUUAUAUCUAUGUAUAUUAUGUUUAGUUUUACAUAUGAAUAUGUUAAAUUUUCAUGAAAAUUAUUUAUCAUUGUGUCAAGUUAUUCAUGACAUCUUCAUUUAUACAUAGUAUUUUUAUGUUUAUCUAUAUCUUUGAUUUUUUUUAUUCUUUCGUCUUGGAAAUGUACAUUUUUAGGUUAGUUACAAUAACACUAUGGUAGAUAAUU